AGCGUGGGGAAAUCGCCAGCAUAGAAUCCCGUCCAUGUCCUGAUGUGGCAACACGGAGCUCGGGAAUGCCGGCAGUGCUUUCCUCGGCACCCUGAGGUGCUGCUUGCAUCCUCACCCUCAGCUCCAGCUGCACCCAUGGCCAACACCAUGGGAGCACCAGCCCUGCUGGAGAAUGGGAAUGCUGAGAAGAGCAGGAGACCCGCGUACUUGAGAGCGGCCCCUUACGUUCUCAUUUUUGUCUGGCUUGUUCUUUCAGCUCUGGUUCCCAUCGUCUUCUGUUUGAUCUACCAUCAGCAGGCACGGGACACAUGCUGGGCACAUGGAUCUUUAAAUGACUCUCCUACAGAGACUGGAGACAUGAACUGGGACUGGGAAGUAAAGAACUGCAAGGGGGUGGUGCAGGGCCAAGGGCAGUACCUCAUCAUCCAGCAGAGUGGCACCUACUUCAUCUACGCCCAGCUCUUCCGCAAGAAGAGGAUCCAAGAGCCCUUUACUCUGAUGUUUUACAAAUACCCAAACACCACCCUCAACAACAUCAUGGGCCACGAGAAUGGCACCAUCAACUUUGCCAGAUCCUUUCCCCUGCAGAAGGGAGAUAAGUUGUUCUGCAGGAAGAACCACAAUCGCGACGACGUUGUGCUGAAGAAUCAGACUUAUUGGGGGCUGUUCAAAAUAUAGCAGGACUCUGCUCUGAGUCAGCUCCUCCCUUACUCCUCCAGGUCACCCAGCUUCUCUUUGGGUGAAAUUCAGCUUGCUGGAAUGCAUGCUGUAUCUUGUAUCCUGCAGUGACAGUGAACAGCAAAGUUUGGUACUGAUGGAUGGCUGCUGAUGGACACAAAGGGUGAGCAAAAGAUGGAGGAAAAACAAUCUCAAAGUGUUGUGGGGUUGGCUCUGAGAUCCUGGGGAAAAAAAAAAAAUCCCUAUUUUCAGUCUGCUCUAGGCUGGGGAGGAGCUCUACUCCAUUUCAGAGCUGGGUACCUGCAGUCCCUUGGGUCCCUUCUAACUAGAGGUGCUACAUAAAGACAAGGUAUUUUAUAUCCUUUCUGCACAGCCUGCCAGUGAAGCAAUGUGCCCACAGCAGAGGGACGAAAUGGUUCAGAAACUACACCAGCAAACCUUCUCAGCUGCUUGCCACCAGCAAGGGAAACGUGCCAGGGAAGCUCCAUCUUCACAGGUAGCUCAGAGCACAAGGAGUUUUCCAGUCAGGUUUUCCAAGCAGUGUGAAUCUGUGUCACAGACACUCCCAGCACAGGGAACCUGGGAUUUAUCUGGGAUUUUUGCUUUCCUGCCUCCCAGACCUCUGUGGGUGACUACUCCUGCCAUUCCUUCCAGCUUGUCACAGCCCUGGGGACGAACUUUCAUGGGAAAGCAAAGCAACUGAGAAAUUGGAUGGAAAGAAAUUAUUACUUGGGGUGGACUGAGGCUGUUAGGAGUGCUAUUUGCUAUUAUUAUUAUUAUUAUUAUUGUUGUUGUUGUUACUAUUAUUAUUUUAUAUUCUGUGUAUUGUAACUUCAGAGAGUG